GAGCCGCUCAGUCUCUCUCCCCCCUCCUCUCUCUCUCUCUCUUCUUCUUCUCUCCAAACUUUGGAGACUUUUGCGCGUCAACGAGGCGCAUUUUGGAUUUUGCCGAUUUGGAGACUCUGAAAACUUUGCGCGCAGGAAAAAAACUAAAGUUCCCUGAGACUUUGUGGGGAGGGAGAAUGAUCCUGCAGGGGGACCAGCUGCCGCUCCAGUGAAAACAUGGAGUCCUGCACAGGCGAAGGAGGAGGUGGAAGGUGGAGGCUCCGUCAGGUUGUCCCAGUCGUGCUGCUGUGGAUGACUCUGCACAGGCACGUACUGGGCUGCAGCUCCACAAACUGUAACCUGGUGCUAACGGAUGCCCAGGGGGAAAUCACAUCGCCCUGCUACCCCCAGAAAUACCCCAACUCGCAGGCCUGCAAGUGGACCAUGCAGGCUCCCGCCGGCUUCAUCAUUCAGCUCUCCUUCCUGGACUUUGAUCUGGAGGAGGCGCAUGGCUGCAUCUACGACCGGGUUGUGGUGAACACGGGAAACACGGACGUUAAGUUCUGUGGUCUGACGGCCAACGGGCUGACGCUGAACUCGACUGGGAAUGUCAUGGAACUAUCCUUUACCUCCGACUUCAGUGUGCAGAAGAGGGGGUUCAGUGUUAGCUUCCGACACGUUGCCGUGGCACUGAGGAACCAGAAGGUCAAGAUAACCAACGGCAACGGCCAGGUCACCGAGGUCGCCGACUCGGUUUCCAUACCAGCGCUCAGUCAACUCACCAUAUGCUUUGAGCUGGAGCGCAGCAGCCAGAAACAGAAAGAGUGGAUCUUCAGCUACUAUGAUAGGAACAACAAUGUGAGGCUGAGUUUGGGCUUCGAUCAGACCGGGAUGAAGAUGGUUGUCGACGGAAUGAUCUGUCCCAUCAACUCCAUCAUCUCCCCGUCUGACUUCACCACCUCCAUGAAGCCUUUCUGUGUCCUCUGGGAAUCCUCAAAUGGCCGGGUGGCAGUUUUCUUCAAUGGAGACUACUGGAUAAAGGCCUGCUCCACCUCUAGCGGACACACUGUGCCGGCUGGUGGGACCUUACGGCUAGGAGGGCAGCACAGCUUCAACGGGAACAUCUACAACCUCCGGCUGUGGGAUUAUGCCAUGACGGUGGAUGAUCUUAGGAAACUGACCUGUGACAGGGUGGGAAACAUCAUCGACUGGGACAACAGCCACUGGACCAUCCCGUCCACCGCGGCCCAGACCGACGCCACGCUCAGCUGCAGUGUCUCCCCGCCCAGCAACACACCACUCACGACCAACUGUGACUCCCCUGGACUGGGCUGCCCAGCCGCUUCCUCUCCCGCCACCUCAUCCACUGACUCCACUAACACCAUCCAUGCUACUAAUGCCGACACCCACGUCCUUCCUCCCAUCACCCCGUCUCCAUCCACCAUCCCUACCACUAGCAUGUCUCUAACCCCAACCAUCAGCUCCACCACCACCAGCACAACCAGCUCCUCCUCCUCCUCCUCCUCCUCCUCUGUUAUGGCUACUGCUACAAUCACCGUCACCAGCAGCGCUGCAACUCCUGCAUCCUCUGCAUCCUCUGCAUCCUCUGCUACUAAUGUUGCUUCAGCCAGCAGUACAGCUCAUGCCCAACAGACAACCAGCAGCACAACAACUGCUUCAUCCGCUACCACUAACCGCCCAGCUACUAACCCUACGACGCAUGAGGGGUUAUUCUACCGGAUUUCAUUCGUGGUGGAUGACGAGGGCUCGACGCUGAGCCUGGACGAUGUGGAGCAAGCAGUGGCUCUCUGGCUGAAUCAGACGUUUCAGAACUGGACCCACGCUGUCUACAUAGAUAACAUCAGUGUUCAGCCUGAUUUACAGACCGGCAGUAACCCGACCAGUUACACCUGCCAGGCCCUGCUGGUUCACUACUACAUCACCAAUGAGAGUCUGGGUGAAGCUGCCGUGUCGGCACAGCUGUCCGGCAGACGGGGACUCGUGGGCACCGACCUGCAGAUCCAACCUGCCUCCAUCGACGUCCAGCUAAUCGAGAACUGUCCGGAGGAGAAUCCUCUUCACUACCGCUGGCCUGAGAGCAGACCCAACGUCACCCAGUACCUGCCCUGCUUCCCUAACAAGGACCAGAACACCUCCAGGACCUGUUUGAUCGAUCGACAGAACUACACGUCCUACUGGUCGGCUGCAGACUUCAGUAACUGCACGGACAUCGACACCAUUGAGGUGUCGGCAGAAAAUGCAGCUGAGGUGGCGGACCAGCUCUUCUUCAUCACCAACAACGAGCUGUCCAUCGAAGAGGUGUCUAAAGUGGUGACGAAGGUGAAGCAGCUGGUGAACGUGGCCAAGAUCAACACCACGUUAGCUCACACCGUCGUCACCAUCAUCUCCAACGUCAUGACCAGCUCGGAGACGGCGCUGUCGGCCACCUCCGAGAAAGCUCUGAAGACAGUCGACGAGUUGGUUCAGAAGAUCGAGUUCGAGGGCCAGUCCAUCAGCAUCACCUCCAGACAUCUGGCUCUGGGAAUAUCAGCCCUCAACACCACCAUGUUCAGCGGGAUGUCUUUCAGCGCCUUCUUCGCCCCGAACACCACCGACCCCCAGAUUGACUUUGACUCAGAGAGGGUUAACCCUUUAGCUCAGAUCACCCUUCCUCCCUCUCUGCUGUCCAGCGUCUCUCUCAGCGAGGUCGACAGAUCGUCUCUGUCCAGGAUCAACUUCAUGUUCUUCAGCAGCACCAACCUCUUCCAGAAAGAGCAGGACGGUCGCUCUUUAAACAGCUAUGUGGUGGCGAGCAGCGUGGGGAACUUCUCCAUCAGUAACCUGGAGGAGCCCGUCGAGAUCGAGAUCGCUCACCUUCCUGAUCAGCCCUCCCUGAAUCCAGCGUGUAUGUUCUGGGACUUCAGCAUGAACAAUGGAGCUGGAGGUUGGAACGGAGACGGCUGCAGCGUGUCCCCAGAAUCCAGCAGCAACAAAACCAUCUGCCUCUGUAACCACCUCACACACUUUGGCAUCCUCAUGGACAUAUCGGGAGCUUCACCCCACAUCGAUCGCAAGAACAACAAGAUUCUGACCUUCAUCACCUACAUCGGCUGCGGCAUCUCUGCCAUCUUCUCUGCUGCCACGCUGCUCACUUACAUCGCCUUUGAAAAGCUGCGACGUGACUACCCGUCUAAGAUCCUGAUGAACCUCAGCACGUCCUUGUUGUUCCUCAACAUGGUGUUUCUGUUGGAUGGCUGGCUCGCCAGUCUGGAAACCGAUUGGCUGUGUUUGUCCGUGGCCGUCUUCUUGCACUACUUCCUGCUGACGUCCUUCACCUGGAUGGGGUUGGAGUCCAUCCACAUGUACAUCGCUCUGGUCAAAGUGUUCAACACCUACAUACGGCGAUAUAUCCUCAAGUUCUGCAUUGUGGGAUGGGGUCUCCCUGCAGUGCUGGUCGGGAUUGUUGUCGCAGUGGAUAAAAACUCUUAUGGCCUGAGAGAAUACGGCAGAGGAGAGUCAGAAGAGGACUCCUCAGAGUUCUGUUGGAUCCAGAAUACGGCCGUCUUCUACAUCACCUGCGUCGGUUACUUCUGCCUGGUGUUUCUGCUCAACGUGGCCAUGUUCAUCGUGGUGAUGCUGCAGAUCUGCGGCCGCAACGGCAAACGCAGCAACCGCACCCUACGGGACGAGGUUCUACGAAACCUGCGGAGCGUCAUCAGCCUCACCUUCCUGCUGGGUAUGACGUGGGGCUUCGCUCUGUUCGCCUGGGGACCCGUCACCUUGGUUUUCAUGUACCUGUUUGCCAUCUUCAACUCACUGCAAGGGCUCUUCAUAUUUAUCUUCCACUGUGCCCUGAAAGAAAACGUGCAGAAGCAGUGGAGGAGAUACCUCUGCUGUGGCCGAUUCAGGCUUUCAGACAACUCAGACUGGAGUAAGACGGCCACCAACAACACGAAGAAGGUGAGCUCAGACAACCUGGGCAAGUCUCUGUCCUCCAGCUCGUUCGGCUCCAGCACGGCCAACUGGACGUCCAAGGCUAAAGCCACGCUUAACCCCUUCACCAAACGACACAGUAACACAGAUAAAUGUUUCUCCAACCAGACCAGCCCCAAGUGCAUCUCCUCUUCCUCUUCCUCCUCAGAGGUGGAGCCCAACUCCUCUUCCUCCUCGUCUUCCAUCCUCCCUGUCAGCCAGAUGAUCGACAAGGUGAAAGGUUACUGUUCCACGCGCUCCGACAACUUCUACAAGAACAUCAUCAUGUCUGACAGCUUCGCCCACAGCACCAGGUUCUAGAUCCGUCCUCAGCGCUCUGGAGCCUCCAGAACCGUCCAUGUUGUUAUCAUCCUGCAGACAGAGGAUGCUUCUGUUAAAGCAAAGGUUCCAAAAUGAAGUGUAACCCUCAAGUCCAAGUCGUUGUUCUGGGCCUGCCGCCCAACAUUCUGGAACCUUUUUGUGUUCUGGAAGUUCCAGAACGCUGCCUUCCGACAUUCAAGAACGCUGUGUCCCGUGGAACCGUUCCUGAUGUUCUAGAACUCUCCGACAGCCUCAACAGUCUAGAACGCGCCGUGUUCUGGAACCUUUCCUAACAUUCCUUCCUGGCUCUGUCCCGGUCCUAGAGUUGUGUUCUAGAACAUUUGUUUUUCCAUGCACUGUCUCUUCACCAUCACCUAGAACUCCUGCAUCGUUCCUGCUGUCCCUCUCACUGCUCCCACAACUGUGAAACCAAUUCAACUCCAGUGUAUUUUGUUUGCAGACAUAAAGCCUGUCUUCCACUGCAGGAACUUGCAAGAUGCUUUUAGGGCCACAUGAGCCUCUGUGCUGUUCCACCCACAGGACCCACCAGUGUAGAACCUCUUUCAGACCUGCUGCAAUGUGGGUGCUUCUGAGCAGCCCUGGAAAAAAAAAAAAAGAAAGAAACCAACCCUGCAAAACCAAUAAAUGCUGGUUGGUUAAACUCAGACAUCUCAGUGAAUGGUGUUUAUUCUGCCCUCUCUAUGUAUACAGAAACACUGCAAAGCCUUCAAAGCUGUAUUUCCUUUAUACUCGUAGAACUCUCAGUUACAGUCAAUAAGUACUAUUUGACAUUGCUUUGGCAAACUCAGAGUUAAUGUUGCAAUUGGAUCUGUGAGGUCCUGCAUCAAAAUAAGCACAGAAAAGCAGUCAGAGCACAUUUCAGAGCUCUUCUUGUAACUAUUAGAGCCACCAAACACUUGCCAAGAGUUCCUGCAGUGGAAAGUUGCCAACAUUUGUUGUAGGAGCCACAGUUUUUACUGCAAAUGUUAAUCGGCCAACUCGAGAAUCCACAAGGAGCUGACUGGCGUGUCUGACUGAAUACUAAUCUGAUUUCCUCAGCACCAGUGCACCAUGUAUGAUAUGGAGUGAAAAUGCAUGAACAGCUUCAUGAUGUAAUCUUUUGCAUUGUAUGGAAGUAAGCGCCCCCCAAUCGAGAAAAAUCUGCCUUUUCAUUGAACAAGUUCGAAGGGCAGCCUGUGAACUUGCUGAAUCAAAUUUCUAAAAAGCCAGGGACCAAGUUCAAAGAUAAUCAUGGAGUAAGUGGCGUGUUAUUUUUUUGAAGUCUCCUGGAUGACAAGGCGUAUUGAGAGCUACAGGGUGGUCAGAGACGCUGAUGCGAUUCUACUGUAUCAUAUGAAAUUACAGAAUCGGCUGACCUGGCUGCCAGACUGUGUAACUAAGAGGAAAUGAAAGGGGAGCGAGGGGAGGGGGGAGGAAAGGAUAAACACGAGGUGGGAAGGUAGAGACCGCUCUGGUUGGGGGGGGAUAAAGUAGGCUGUUGUGUUUUGUUGUCUCUUUUUUUUUUUUAAUACUGUGAUAUUUGUUAAAAGUGGACAUUUGUGUGUGUGUGGAGCCAUAUCCUCUGUAAAUAUUGAUCUAUCUAUUCGAUGUGCCUUAUUCUAUAGUGUUCAGAUGGUUGCUUUUGUUCAUGCCUGUAUGGGGUCCUGGAGGGGUCACCGCGACUGUACAUACAAACCCAAACAUUCUCCAACUCCCCAUGCUGCGCAGGCACACAGUCUGCUGCCCUUUUCACCUCAGCCAGAAACAAGAGGUGGCAACACAAAGGGCAGAAACAAAGAAGUUUUAAUCAAGAAAGCACGGGGCCAGUUGAUCACGGUGCUUUCUGGUGUUAGAAAUCAAAUGAGGACACCCUUAUGUCAUGUUUACUGCCAUGAAAAACACAGCUGGUGUCUCUAUCAGUGGAAUGCCCGUCUUCAUCAACACAUAUUCUGAAUUUAUAUCACAAAUAUUGCAAAUGUGACAAUGUCUUGAAGCUUGGAGAUGUCAAGACGUUUAAUGAUUGUAAUACUCACCACAUUCAGUUGGCACUCUCUCCCAUAAAGCUUGAGAUUCUCUUGCGGAGUCAAUGAGUGGCUGCUUGAGGGCAAAUAAUACAAUCCAUCCAGUGGCCGCUGAAGCUUCACUCGUGUCAGCCAAAGUUUAGCAAUCAUAUGGGGCGUCAUUUAUGGAAAACGGCUUCACUGUUCAAAUGUCUGUUUUUGUUCAGAAAUUGGUAAUAGCGGGGCGACCUGACAGCCGAGUGGUUAGCACGAACACCACAUGGCGCAAGUCGUGGGUUUGAUAAUCGGCCGGCUGAAGCCCCGCUACAUGACAUUCCCCGGCUCUCUGUCCCCACAUUCCUGUCUGUCUUGACUGUUCCUUUCAAAUAAAGGCAAAAUGCCAAAAAAAUUAAAGGAA